AUGACCCAGCGCCAGAGCAUCCCUGCUCCGCGGCGGUCCCUGCGGCUGUGCGACAUGACCCAGCUGCUGCGUGCCGCAGCCGGGCGAGGGAAGUGGACCAGAUCCAGCGCGGCCAAGAGGGCUGCGUGCCUGGUGGCUGCGGCAUAUGGGCUGAAAAUCCUCUAUCCCAUCCUCCGCAAGCGCCUGCAGCAGACAGCCUGCGAAAAGGGCUUGCAGGCUGCCUGCCGGGCUGGAGGGGACGAGGAGCCGCUGCAUUGCAGCCGGAUCCGGGGCAGAGCCUCCCCGGCAGUGAAUGCGGAAUUUUUCAGGCAGCUGCUGGAACUUCGUAAGAUCCUCUUCCCGAAGCUGGUGAGCGCCGAAUCGGGCUGGCUUUGCCUCCACUCGGUGGCUCUGGUCUCCCGGACCUUCCUCUCCAUCUACGUGGCCGGGCUGGAUGGGAAGAUCGUCAAGAGCAUCGUGGAGAAGAAGCCCAGGAGCUUUGCCAUCAAAUUAAUCAAGUGGCUCAUGAUUGCAAUCCCUGCCACUUUUGUGAACAGCGCCAUACGGUACCUGGAGUGCAAGUUGGCCCUAGCCUUCCGUACCCGCCUAGUGGAUCAUGCCUAUGAGACCUACUUUGCCAAUCAAACUUACUACAAGGUGAUCAAUAUGGAUGGGAGGCUGGCGAACCCCGACCAGUCCCUGACCGAGGACAUCAUGAUGUUCUCCCAGUCGGUGGCACACCUGUACUCCAACCUGACCAAGCCCAUCCUGGAUGUGGUGCUGACAUCCUACAGUCUUAUCCAGACUGCCAGGUCCAGGGGAGCAAGCCCCAUCGGGCCUACGCUGCUGGCAGGCCUGGUGGUGUAUGCCACGGCGAGAGUACUGAAAGCGUGCUCGCCCAAAUUUGGCAAGCUGGUCGCAGAGGAAGCUCAUAGAAAGGGUUAUCUGCGAUACGUCCAUUCACGGAUUAUAGCCAAUGUGGAAGAGAUCGCCUUCUACAGAGGACACAAGGUGGAAAUGAAACAACUACAAGAAAGUUACAAGGCUUUGGCAGACCAAAUGAACCUCAUAUUGUCCAAACGUUUAUGGUACAUCAUGAUAGAGCAGUUCCUGAUGAAGUAUGUCUGGAGUAGCUGUGGUUUGAUUAUGGUGGCUGUACCUAUAAUCACAGCAACAGGAUUUGCAGAUGGCGAGUUAGAAGAUGGCCAUAAACAAGCAAUGGUUAGUGAGCGAACAGAAGCCUUUACUACUUCACGAAAUCUGUUGGCCUCUGGAGCAGAUGCCAUUGAAAGGAUUAUGUCUUCUUACAAAGAGGUCACCGAGUUAGCAGGCUAUACAGCUCGAGUGUACAACAUGUUUUCAGUCUUUGAUGAAGUGAAGAGGGGCAUUUACAAAAGAACUGCUGUUGUUCAAGAGAUUGAAACCAACAGCAAGAAUGAAGAUAAAGCAGAACUACACAUUGAUGGUCCCUUGGAAAUCAAGGGAAAAGUUAUUGAUGUUGAUCAUGGAAUUGUUUGUGAAAAUGUUCCUAUUAUUACCCCAAAUGGAGAUGUGGUGGUUUCCAGACUAAACUUCAAAGUACAGGAAGGAAUGCAUCUUUUAAUCACUGGCCCCAAUGGUUGUGGAAAGAGUUCUCUUUUCAGAAUUUUAAGUGGUCUGUGGCCAGUCUAUGAUGGUGUUCUCUACAAACCGCCUCCCCAGCACAUGUUCUAUAUCCCACAAAGGCCCUACAUGUCCAUUGGAACACUACGUGAUCAAGUCAUUUAUCCAGACUCAGUGGAUGACAUGCAUGAAAAAGGAUACCAAGACCAGGAUCUGGAAUGUAUCCUGCACAUUGUUCAUCUGUAUCACAUAGUUCAAAGAGAAGGAGGCUGGGAUGCUGUGAUGGACUGGAAAGAUGUCUUAUCAGGAGGAGAAAAGCAGAGGAUGGGCAUGGCUCGCAUGUUUUAUCACAAACCAAAAUACGCAUUGUUGGAUGAAUGUACAAGUGCUGUAAGCAUUGAUGUUGAAGGAAAGAUAUUCCAAGCUGCAAAAGGUUCUGGGAUAUCCUUGCUUUCUAUUACACACAGACCUUCUCUUUGGAAGUACCAUACUCACUUGUUGCAGUUUGAUGGAGAAGGAGGCUGGCGUUUUGAACAAUUGGACACUGCUAUCCGCUUAUCACUCAGUGAGGAAAAACAAAGACUAGAAUCCCAGCUUGCAGGAAUUCCUGAAAUGCAGCAGAGACUGAAUGAACUUUGCAAAAUUUUGGGAGAAGAUUCAGUGCUUAAAACAAUGGAUAAAGAGGAAUAA